AUGGUGACCAUAGAGCGGAGGAGCAGCGCGCGUGGCCCGUCGGGACGCGGAGGUGCCGGCAGCGCUCCGCCUCCGCCUGGGGCCGCCCGCCGUGCCGGUGACGCUGGCGGGGCUGCGGCGCCAUUGGCCGGGCGUGACCCGGCAGCGCUCGGCAAAGGGGCGGGCGGGGCGGUGACACGGCGUCACCGCGGACAGCGCCCCUCAGUGCCGCCCACCGCGCCUGCCUGCGCGCACGGACCCUGCCCCGGCCGCCGUCAGCCCCGCGGGGGCGGCAGCGACCGCUGGGGACCGGGCGGGGCCGUCACGGCGAGAGCUGAGGUCGGGGGUGUGUUACAGUUACCGCGCGGUCGAGGGAAUGCUGUGCCCUCGGGUGUUCCUGGCAGUUCGGGGCGCUGCCAUACGGGAAACCCGCGCCUCGGGGAGGAAGAAUCACAGAAUCAGUUGGCUUGAAAAAGACCUCUGAGAUCAUCGGAUCCAACCUGUGAAAGAACACCACCGUAUAAUCUAGACCACGGCACCAAGUGCCAUAUCCAGUCCUUAAACACCUCUAGGGACAGUGACUCCACCACCUCCCUGGACAGUCAUUUCCAAUGCCUAAUCACCUGUCCUGUGAAGAAACUCUUCCUACUGCUCAACCUAAACCUUCUCGGGCACAGCUUAAGACUAUGUGCUCUUGCCCUGUAGCUGGUUGUCUGGGAGAAGGGGCCAACCCCCACCUGGCUACAACCGCCUUUCAGUAGAAAGGAGGUGUUCUAAGCAUGCUGUGAUUAACACUAUUUUAUUAUAAAUAAUAUUAAAAGCAGUGUUAGAGUUC